GUUGAGGCGCCUUGGAACAUCACGAGCCUAACGCCAGACACUUCUCCUCGACACCGGACGCGCCACCCGAAGGACGCCCCUUUCGCCACCGCGCGCUCGAGAUGUCUGGGCUCGGAGCUGCGCGGGCUGCCGCGCGGGGGGGCAGGGCGGCCGUAUGAGCCGGAGAGGCAGGCCCGACAGCGAGCCGGAGCCGUCCAGGCUGCGGGUUGCCAUCGUAAACUCCGACAGGUGCAAGCCGAAGAAAUGCAAGCAGGAGUGCAAGAAAUUUUGCCCAGUGGUGCGCACCGGCAAAGCCUGCAUAGAGGCGGACAAGGACUCGACCUUGGCCUGGAUCUCCGAGGUGCUGUGCAUCGGUUGCGGCAUCUGCGUGAAGAAGUGCCCGUUCCAGGCGAUCAGCAUCGUCAACCUGCCUAAGGAUUUGUCCACCGAGACGACGCACAGGUACGGGCCCAACUCCUUCAAGCUGCACCGUCUCCCGAUCCCGCGUCCGGGCCAGGUGCUGGGUCUCGUGGGCACCAACGGCAUCGGCAAGUCCACGGCCCUCUCCAUCCUGGCCGGCAGGCUCAAGCCGAAUCUGGGGCGGUUCGACGUCCAGCCGGGCUGGCCCGAGAUCCUCGCGUCCUUCCGCGGGGGCGAGCUGCACAACUACUUCGAGCGGAUCCUCUCGGGCUCUGCGAAGACGGUGAUCAAGCCCCAGUACGUCGACAGGAUCCCGCGGCAGCUCGGGGGCAGCGUCGGCGACGUGCUGAGGCGGAAGGACGAGAGGGACGCGCUGAAGUCCCUGACCGAGGAGCUGGAGCUCGCGCACCUCUCCGAGAGGAGCUUCUCCGAGCUCUCGGGGGGCGAGCUGCAGCGCUUCGCCAUCGCCCUCCUGUGCGUGCAGGAGGCGUGCGUCUACAUGUUCGACGAGCCCUCGUCGUUCCUGGACGUGCGGCAGCGCCUGCAGGCGGCCCACGUGAUCCGCGGUCUGAACGACGUCGAGAACUACAUCAUCGUGGUCGAGCACGACCUGGCCGUCCUCGACUACCUGUCGGAUUUCGUGUGCUGUCUCUGGGGCUCGGCCGGUGCCUACGGCGUGGUUACCAUGCCGUUUACAGUGCGGGAAGGCAUCAACGUCUUCUUGGAUGGCAAGAUCCCCACCGAGAACCUCAGAUUCCGAGAGGUGUCCCUCACCUUCAAAAUCUCGGAGCCGCUACCCGAGGCAGUCGAGAGCGACAAAGACCAGAGGUACGACUACCCCGACUUAGAGAAGACCAUGGGCAAGGGCUUCGGGCUUCAGGUUCAGGCCGGCUCCUUUUGCCGCAGCGAGAUCGUGGUGAUGCUGGGACAGAACGGCACCGGGAAGACCACUUUCAUCCGCAUGCUCGCAGGCAUGCUGAGGCCCGACAAUUUGAAGCCAGGGGAGGCGGGGCUUCCGGAGCUUAACGUGUCGUACAAGCCGCAGAGCAUCACGGCCAAGUUCAUGGGUACGGUGAGGGACCUCUUCAUGACAAAGAUCCGGGACGCUUUCAUGCACCCGCAGUUCCAGGCAGACGUGUCCAAGCCGAUGCUCAUCGACGCCAUCAUCGACCAGGACUUGCAAACCCUGAGCGGCGGAGAGCUGCAGCGGGUGGCGAUCGUCUUGUGUCUGGGCAAGCCGGCGAACAUCUAUCUGAUCGACGAGCCCUCGGCCUAUUUGGACGCCGAGCAGCGAGUGGUCACCGCGAGGGUUAUCAAGCAGUUCGUUCUCGCCACGAGGACGACGGCUUUUGUCGUUGAGCACGAUUUCAUCAUGGCGACGUACUUGGCCGACCGCGUGGUCGUCUACGCGGGGCGGCCAGGCAUCGCGUGCAGGGCCUCGUCGCCGAAGACCGUGCUGGAGGGCAUGAACGAGUUCCUGGCGCAGCUGGGGAUCACCUUCCGGCGCGACCCGCAGAACUUCCGGCCCCGCAUCAACAAGAUCGAUUCCAUCAAGGAUCAGGAGCAGAAGAAGAGCGGCAAGUACUUCGUGCUCGAUUCCUGACGCCGCCGCCGCGGCCCUGGCCGUGGCCAGCCGUCCUCGGCCCCAGCCCGCCGCCGUGGCCAGCCGGCGUGCCGUGGCCGGGGCCAGCCGUCGUGGCGAGCACCGUGGCCGGCCGUCGUGGCCGUGGACGCGGCCGCCGCCGUGGCCGAGGCGGCCGUCGCUGCGGG